ACCAGUACACCACCACCAAGCCCGAAGCCACUACCGCUUUCCCUCUCACCGCGCCACCUUGGCAUAACCACACCGAGAUAUCCAGCUGAUCUCAUUCUCCCCGCGACGCCGUCCUCCCGCCCCUCGAUCGCCGGCCGGCCGAAACCAUAGAUCCAUCCCAUGGGCUCCAAACCUGCGGAGACGGCAGCAGCUGGGAGCCAGCAGCAGCAGCAGGCGGAGGAGUCCUCCCUGGCGGACGUGUACAACCACGAGCUGACGCCGCUGCAGAAGCACGCCGCCUUCUUCGACAGGAACAGGGACGGCAUCAUCUACCCCUCCGAGACCUACCAGGGGCUACGCGCCAUCGGCUGCGGCGUCGUCGUUUCCGCCGCCGGCGCCGCCUUCAUCAACGCCUUCCUUGCGCCCACGACGGUGCCGGCGAACGUGAAGCCUCCGGCUUUCAAGUUCCCGAUCUACGUGAAGACCAUUCAGCAGGGCAAGCAUGGGAGUGACACAGACGUGUACGAUACCAACGGAAGGUUUGUUCCUGAAAAGUUUGAGGAGAUAUUCAAGAAGCAUGCCCACACCAGGCCUGAUGCCCUAACAAGCAAAGAGCUGGGAGAGAUGCUUAAAGCAAACAGGGACCCUAAAGAUUUCAAAGGACGGGUGGGUGCCUUUGGAGAGUGGAGACUUCUCUAUGCGUUGUGCAAAGAUAAGGAUGGAUUUCUUCACAAGGAGACUGUCAAGGCGGUCUAUGAUGGCAGCGUGUUUGAGAAGUUGGAGCGAGAAAAAAAGGAAGCUAAGGAAUUUGCCAAGAAGAAAUGAUGAAAUGUCCUCCGAUACCAGCUUAUUUGUGGUUCUGUGAAAGUAUUUGUAGAUUGGGGCAUUGUGCUUGUGAGUUCGGUUUCUCAAACUAAUGUUGUGGUCGUUUGAUUUCAUUUGUUUCUGGUUUCAUGUUUCCUGGAAUGAGACUCGGAGCCUCAUUGUAAAUGUAUAGAAACUGCUUGCAAUUUGGGUAAUAUUGUUUCGCAUUUGUUUU